AUGAAAGGAGAUCGUAAAAAGAUCCUUAAAGAAAAUGAUCCCAAUCUAGGAAAAUUAGAAACAUAUGGAAUUCUUGUUUACAAGAGAGAUGUUUUUCUUUAUGCUAUGCAUUGGGCUGGUGGAGUUUAUCUUGUUGACCAGUUUGAUGGGUUUGUGGUUCCUAAUACACCUAUACAAUUAAAGAAUUUGUCCCAUAUUAUACAAAGAGUGAUUAUAUUUAAGAGCCAUGUUGUAAAUCUACAACAGCACAUAGAGUCUUCAUUGAAAUUAAAAAAAUUUUUUAAAUGUGGUGGCACUCAGCAUGCAGAUGAUUAUAUUGUUGAUGCAUCUCCACAGAAAAAAAUUCGAGUUUCUUCGAUAGAUAAUGUCUCAAGAGUGAUGUUAAGUGAUGUUAAGUGA